UAAUCCCAACAUGCAGGUCAUAGCAUUAUUAAUAGUAGUCCUUUCGCUGAGUGCAGCCGAAUGGAUCGAAAUCGACUGGAGCAACGUUCGUCCGAUUGAAGACUUUGAUCACUACUGGGCACGACUUCCGGCCGAGCUGCAGCACUAUCGCCACUCUGAACCUGAACCGGAUCGUCGUAUCGUCAAUGGACGCGAGGCAACUCCCGGACAAUUCCCAUACCAGGCAGUUUCCCUUUCAGAGUUACCACUGGGAACCGCUGUGUGUGGUGCAACGAUCUUGACGGCCAAUUACAUCUUAACCGCGGCUCAUUGUGUCCAAGGUGCCUCCGGGGGAAUUGCGAUAAUGGGAGCACACAACCGGUUUGAGGAUGAACCAUCGCAGCAAAGGAUUGCUUACACGGUUGAGGACAUCAACAUUCACCCAGGGUACACCUUAAUGCACAUAAGAAAUGACAUUGCCACCGUGCGGAUGAGAGAAAGAAUAAUUUUUAAUGAUCGUGUCGUGCCUGUUCGUCUGCCGGCACGUUCUGAUAGACGCACCUUCGCCGGAAUGAUGGGAACCGUUUCCGGCUAUGGACGAACAUCUGACGAUCACAAUGAGCUAUCUGCAGUUAUGCGAUACGCUCUGAAUCCUAUAAUCACCAAUGCUAACUGUUUGGCUGCCUCUGGCAAUAAUGUCGACAUGAUUCAAGCUCAAAACAUUUGCCAAUCGGGAGUUGGUGGUCGUGGAGCAUGCCAAAGUGAUUCGGGAGGUCCGCUCACGGUUUUGGACGCUGGCAGCCCCUUGCAGGUGGGCGUCGUAUCCUUCGGAUCGUUGGCUUGCAAAGACGGGUUGCCAACAGCUUUUGCUCGGAUUACCUAUUUCUUGGAUUGGAUCGAGGAAAACUCGGAUGUAGUGAUUGAACCACCGAACGCAAGGAUGAAGCUCUUGGCGUGCGCCGUGUUACUGCUGGUAGGUCUGACCGUGGCCAACGGAUCAACCCGUAAAAUUGACUGGAGUUUGGUGCGUCCGAUCAGCGAGUUUCCUCACGUAGCGAAACGCAUCGAGGAUUUGACGGAAGGGAAUACUGGAUAUAACUGGGGUUCGAAUCAACGCAUCGUUGGUGGCCAGAUCGCUUCCCCGGGACAGUUUCCGUAUCAGGCCGCUGUUCUGACCGACAUCGCUGGCGGGAUUGGACUCUGUGGUGGAGUGCUGAUUUCAUCAAAUUUUAUCCUAACGGCUGCUGUUUGCGUGGAUGGUGCCAGUGAAGGAACGGUUAUUCUGGGAGCACAAAACCUACAGAACGAGAACGAGGUAGGACAAGUGCGCAUUGACUUUAGCAGUUCGGACAUCCGAGUUCACGAGCAAUAUCUGGAGUUUAUAUUUCGGCAUAAUAUCGCGGUCGUCAGGCUGCCGACGCCAGCACCAAUGACAGGUCGGAUUCAACCGGCAAGGCUGCCCGCCGUUACAGAUUCGCGUACAUUUGCCGGAAUGGCCGCCACCGUAAGUGGGUUUGGCCGCACGUCGGAUGCGAGCACUUCGUUCUCGGACGUGCUGCGUUACGUGUUUAACCCAAUUUUGACGAACGCCGAUUGUGGCGCGGGAUGGUGGGGUGACCUCAUCGACGGUCAAAAGUUGUGCCUAUCUAACGUGAACGGACGCGGACCGUGUGUUGGGGAUGACGGAGGCCCGCUGACCAUUCUGGAAGGUGGUCAAACUUUGCUGGUGGGAAUUCAUUCUUUUGGAGCUGUCCUUGGGUGUGAAGUGAACUGGCCCGCCGUUUUUGUAAGAAUUACGUUCUAUUCGGACUGGAUUCGAACGCACACGGAUGUCUAAUAGGUCAUUUAGGUUUUCUACAGUUAUUGUGUUUGAUAAAUAAACAAAAUUUAGUUUUUUUUUAUUGUUGGCACUUUUUGGCAUAUUUUCGGUUAAUAAACAGAUUUGGUUUCUAAAAA